AUGGAUACUGGAGAACCAUUGCUAGUAAAUAAGGCAAGAAUAACGAAAUCUGAGAAAUUCCACAGCAUUCAUCUUCAGGAAUCAGUGAUGUUUGAAGAUGUAGCUAUAGAUUUCACCAAAGAAGAGUGGGCCCUGCUGGACAUAUCCCAGCAAAGGCUGUUCAGAGAUGUGAUGCUGGAGAAUAUCAGUCAUCUGGUCUUUCUGGGAACUUCAAUUUAUUCUCUGUUGAAGGUGCUGCUACAUGGGCUGACCUUCAGAUCAUCUUUUUAUUCAUCGUUGGUAAAGCCCACCCUGGACUUGGUGAUAGCAAAGGUUAAUCUGCACAGAACUCAAGUCCAUAUACACUUUUUCCUCCACAAACAUGGAAUAAGAUUUGCAAAAGAUCCUUCCAGUUGGAGCAAGGAAAAGAGCUGUGGAGUGAAGGAACAGGAUUUCUCCAAGGCCAGAGUCCAGCAUAAAUCUCGUGCUUCAGAAGAUCCUAUUGAAAGUACUGACUUGGGUGAUGAGUUUACUCAUAUAUCUGCAUUGACUCAAUUUUUGUUAAUUCACCUGAGGAAGAAACAUUAUUUCAGCAAACAGUGUAGAAAAUCACUUAGUGAACAAUCAUUCCUUACUCAGUAUAACCACAUUCACACUAGAGGUAAAUUACAUAAAUGCCAUCUAUGUGGGAAAGACUUGAGUAAUUCCUUUAGUCUUAGAAGACACAAGAUGACUCACACUGGAAGGAAGCCAUUUGAAUGCCAUCUUUGUGGGAAAGGCUUUCUGCAAAGCUUUGCCCUUAGAAACCACAAUCAAACACACAGUGGAGAGAAACCAUAUAAAUGCCAUCUGUGUGGGAAAGUCUUCAGUCAGAAUUCUUACCUUAGACAACAUGAGAAAAUUCACAUAAGAAAGAAACUAUAUGAAUGCCAUCUAUGUAAGAAGGCUUUCAUUCACAGUUCCUACCUUAGAAAACAUGAGAGAAUUCGUUCUGGAGAGAAAUGUUAUGAAUGUCAUCAAUGUAAGAAAACUUUUAGUCAGAGCUCUGGCCUUAGCCAACACAAGAGAACUCACACUAGAGAGAAGCCACAUGUGUCUCUUCUGUGUGGGAAAGCAUUCAGUCGAUGUGCUGAACUUAGACCACAUAACAGAACACACACAGGAGAGAAACCAUAUGCAUGUCACCAGUGUGGGAAAGCCUUCAGUCAAUAUUUCAAUCUUAGACACCAUGAAAGAAUGCACACCAGAGAGCAACCAUAUGAAUGUCAGCUAUGUGGGAAAUUCUUCAGUCAGUAUUCUUCCCUUAGACGACAUGAGGGAAUCCAACAUUGGAGAGAAAAUCAUGAGGGUCUUCAGUAA